AUGCCGGUGAUUAGACCUUCAUCGGAUCAGGUACAAGUUCUGGGUGGUUCGCGCCACCACGUGCAUCAAGCUCAGAGGAUCCGAGCGUCUGGUCCGGAGUCUCAGGACGACAGAGCCAGAGCCCUGAAGCGUUUCAGAAUCUUGCUGUUGUUGGAUCCCCCGGCGACAAGAACUGGACGACAGAUGCUCACGGUAGUUGGGACGCAUGUUGAUGUCGAGCAAGCCCUUAAGGUUCUUUCAGACACUUUGGAACCGAAGGCAACUGGAACCUUGACCAAAAGGGUGUCCUCGCUGUGGUCAUACGCAGAGUUUCUGUCAACUCACGGUGUCAAGUCACCCUUUUCCGCGGGUGAGCCCACCUUAUACAAAUAUCUCUGUUGGCUCCGGGACCAGAAGCGAGGGGCCACCUCUGGCACCUCGACAUUGGAGGCGCUCAGGUUCUCAGACAGCAUGUUCACAUUUUUAUGCAUAACACUGAGUGAACUGGACUCGCCGAGGGUCAAAGGAGUGGCGCACUCACUCUUCAUGACUAAAAGAAGACGGAGUCCGGCGCCUCUCAUCCCAGUGGCGGUUGUGCGUUUCCUUAUUGGAUUGGUCUUGGACACGUUGCGGAAAGACCGUGAGCGCACCAUAGCGGGCCAAAUCCUAGCAUGCAUUUUCCUCGUGGGAAGGUGGUCUGAUUUGAGAAGGGCUGUGAAUUACAGGACCUCCGUUGCAGGAGGCAUCUGCAUUUUGGAGGCCGAUGCCAAAGGUCACAAGGCAGCAUACUCCAAGGAGUUACAGUUGGAAUUGCUGCCAUUUUUGGGCAUAGGUGGCUGGCCAGCUUCACAGCCUUGGGCGACGGUCUUCCUGGAGUUGCGCCUCAAGUAUGGCAUUCAGGGAGCCCUUCCUUCUUGGAACGACUCCAAGCAGCAGUGGGCAGAUUAUGACAUGUCCACUUCCGAAGCAACAGGCUGGCUUCGGGAGAUGGCCGAAGAGGUUUGCGACACAAGUGUGGCAGUCACGCUCCGUGCUCACAGCGCCAAGGUCACACUUCUAAGUUGGGCAGGAACAUGUCCACUCUUCACGCGUGAAGAAAAGACACUUCUCGGACAUCACACAGAGCCCACUACGCGCUCAGCAACCACGUAUGAUCGCAACGCCUUGAUCCGGUUGCAUGCAAAAGUCCAUCGGAUGUUGGAGGACAUCGGUGAGGAACGUCAAGUCCCAGACGCUUCUGCAGCAGAGCAGGUGCGCACACUAGUACAGCCCAGGGACGAUGCAUUGCCCGAUGUGGAAGGAUCAGAGGUGGUCCAGGAUUCCUCCGAUGACGAGCAAGGCCCUCUUGGCCUUAUUCAGGGUGAGCAUCGUGCUCCUGUGCCUGACGCAAAUCUUCAUGAGUGGGUCCAGCAUAAGUUAAGUUCCAUGGUUCAUGCUAAGUCUUCUGAUACGCCACGGAAGUUAGCCUGUGGCCGCAUGCUUUCUUGCAAUUUCCACGAUGUGGAAGCAGGACAAUUGGAUGUACACCAGACUUCCUUUUGUGCCCAGUGUUUGGCUACACGCCAGCUCGCUGCAGGCGUGUAA